AGAGAGAGAAGGGAGACGUUUCUCAGCUGUGAGAUUACAUUCACAAAGGAAACUUGUAACGCAAAGAAUUGCACGUUCCUCUCGCUUUACUCAAUCGAUUAAUGCUGAGUGAAAUGUGUGGCGUUUUCAAUUUUAUUUGCUUAUCUCAAUCUUACAAUCAGAAUGGAGUAAGAAAUUAUUUUUUUUUGUCGGUGGCUUGUCUAUUUCCGCAGAUGCUGUUGACAUUUGCAAUGAAAUAGCGUCACAUCUUUCUCUCUUUUUCUAUUCCAAAUGUUGAAAAUAUAAACGCGAUCAAGUAGAAGCUGGCAUUUGGACAGCCUGGAAUCAUCAGUGGCGCGCGCUGAACAUGCCCAUGCAGCUGUUUUCAUGAGGUCUCUGGUGUUUUCUGGAGUUAAUGACCAAGUUGUGGCAUCACAAAUGAAUCAUUGGAGGCGUGUUUUCUGGAAGAUACUACAGUGGGAUAAGGGCAAUGAUCGCAAAACGAUGGAGAUGGAAACGUUUACGCAUUGUGCGCUAGACUAAAAACGCAGUAACGCACGAGUUUACCUGUGCGCCACAAAUUAAAGUUGUGAGUCGGUAGGCGGCGCACGUUCAUACCAUAUGCUUUUCACUUCCUCGCUUAAUUUGAACAGAAAACAAAUACAGGAAGGAGACGGGGUCGAUCUGCUGAAUCACACUAAUCUUUCACACUAAAACUUUGCGACUGACGACGCAGUCUGUGGUUCAAGCUACCUUUGGGUGACAGAUCCAGCUUUUUAAAGUUUAUUGUAAAUAGGAGGGAAUGUCAACAAUUAUGUAAGUUCCGUCGUAACACAUUAAAGCAGAAUGUAUUACUAUUUUAUAAAAGAGUUUUAGGAAUAGCAUAGACAUUUUCCGAUCCUCGCCGCGGAGUCAAGACAUCGACCAUUCGCAGAGGGGCAUUUACAUGACUAUAGGUUAUUGCUGUCACUCAAUGCGAUCAACUUCGAUUCAUCUGGCAGUAUCGAUUGUAAAUGAUGAUAAGGCUCAAUCGGCAAGUCACUGUUUUUGGCAGUGCCAUAUUUUGUGUAGUGGUCUUCUCAUUGUACCUGAUGCUGGAUCACCUGCAAUUAGACAAUACCAAAAGUCCAAACAACGGUGGGGAUAGAUUGCAAAAUGGCCAGUUGUCAAUCCUGCAGGGCAAGAUUGACCGCUUGGAAAGACUACUGGCAGAGAACAACGAGAUCAUAACCAACAUCAGGGACUCUGUGAUCAACCUGAAGGAGUCGGUCAAGGAUGGGGUUCCUGGUGGAGGGAACAUGAGCCAAGGACCCUACCCAGAACUGCUGGCUUCACCUCCACUGGUCCUCCCUAUUGACUCCCAAGACUGUCAGUUUGCAGCAAGGGAGUUCUCUGAGCCAGCAGAUGGGGGGGUGCAGUUGCUGGAUGUUUAUGACCUUCUGACCUUUGACAAUCCUGAUGGGGGAGUGUGGAAACAAGGAUUUGACAUCACCUACCGGGAGAAUGAAUGGGACAGCGAGCCACUGCAAGUCUUUGUUGUGCCCCACUCACACAAUGAUCCUGGAUGGCUGAAGACGUUUGACGACUACUACCGGGACCAGACCCAGCACAUCCUGAACAACAUGGUGGUGAAACUCCACGAGGACAGCCGCAGGAAAAUGAUCUGGUCCGAGAUCUCCUACUUCUCCAAGUGGUGGGACAACAUCGACGGCCAGAAGAGAGACGCUGUCAAGAGUCUGGUUGAGCGAGGCCAGUUGGAGAUUACAACUGGAGGCUGGGUGAUGCCUGAUGAAGCCAACUCGCACUACUUUGCAUUAAUUGACCAGCUAUUGGAGGGACACCAGUGGUUGGAGAGAAAUUUGGGCGUGAAACCCGAGACGGGCUGGGCUGUGGACCCGUUUGGCUACUCCCCUACCAACGCGUACCUGCUGAAACAGGCUGGCCUGGCCAACAUGCUUAUCCAGAGGGUGCACUACUCCAUCAAGAAACACUUUGCCAGUCAGAAGACCCUGGAGUUCUUCUGGAGACAGAACUGGGACCCAGCCUCCAGCACGGACAUUCUAUGUCACAUGAUGCCCUUCUACAGUUACGAUGUUCCCCACACGUGUGGCCCCGACCCCAAGAUCUGCUGCCAGUUUGACUUCAAGAGACUUCCUGGUGGGCGGGUCAGCUGUCCCUGGAGGGUCCCCCCUCAGCCAAUCACGGAUGGAAAUGUACAACAGAGGGUUCAGAUGCUGCUGGACCAGUACAGGAAGAAGUCCAAGCUGUUCCGAACCAAGGUGGUGAUGGUCCCCCUGGGGGACGACUUCCGCUACACAGAGGCCUUGGAGUGGGACCAGCAGUUCCAGAACUACCAGAAGCUCUUUGACUACAUGAACUCUCAUCCAGAACUACACGUCAAGGCUCAGUUCGGCACCAUCACGGAUUACUUCAAUGCUCUUCGUAAAUCGGCCACAGACCCCGGUCACACUGUUCCCUCUUUACCUGUGGUCAGCGGAGACUUCUUCACUUACGCAGACAGAGAUGACCACUACUGGAGCGGCUACUUCACCUCCCGACCCUUCUACAAACGCCUGGACCGCGUGCUGGAGUCACACCUCAGGGCUGCUGAAAUCAUCUACUCCCUCACCCUGGCCAAUAUUAGGAGGUCUGGGAAGCGGAAUGAUUUUCCAGCAAUGGAGAAUUACAGACUGCUCACUGAAGCCAGGAGGAACCUGGGCCUGUUCCAGCACCAUGACGCCAUCACAGGCACCGGCAAGGAAUUGGUAGUGAUCGACUACGGUAUCAGAUUGUUUCAUUCCAUUUUGAAUUUGAAACAAGUGAUCGUCAAUUCCGCUCACUGGCUGGUGCUGAAGGACAAAAGUGCAUACAGUUACAAUCCCUCAAAGGCCUUCCUUCAAAUGGAUGAUAUCCAGCCUGCUCAAGAUGCCCUGCCUCGAAAAACAGUUCUGAAAAUCAGCUCACAGCCUAGGUCUGUGGUCGUCUACAACCCCACGGAGCAGGACCGCACGUCAGUGGUGACUGUGUAUGUGAACACUCCCCACGUACGUGUGGUCACAGACCACGGUCGUCCCGUCCCCGCUCAAGUCAGCGCGGUGUGGAACGAACCCACAACAGCCUCCACAGAGGCCUUCCAGUUGUCAUUCAUAGCGCAGGUGCCAGCGCUGGGUCUUGGGGUGUACCAGUUAGGUGAGGCUGCGAGCGGCAGAGCGGAGACUGCAGAAUACGUCUUCUUCAGGCAGAGCGGCGAGCUUUCCGUCAACGUGAAGCACUUCACAGUUAACAUCCCCCAGGACGCCUCCACCCCGCUCAGCAUCCACAACCCCCACCUCCAGGUCUGGAGCUCCCCCAUCACCGGCCUGAUGGAGAGAUUGAAGCUGAAAGAGGACGGCUCAGAACACCAGAUCAAGGUGGAGUUUGCGUGGUACGGCACAACCAGCAACCGAGAUAAAAGCGGAGCCUACUUGUUCCUGCCUGACGGGGAAGCCAAGAUGUACUCUCCCGCUCGGCCUCCAGUGAUAAGGGUUACCAAGGGAUCUGUGUUCUCUGAGAUCACCACUACCUUUGAUCAUGUGACGCACACUCUACGCCUCUAUCAUGUUCAAGGUGUGGAGGGCCAGGCGGUGGAGAUCUGUAACUCGGUAGAUAUAAGGGGGGAGUUCAACCGUGAAAUUACAAUGAGGUUAACGUCAGAUGUGGACAGCAAGGAUCGAUUCUUCACAGACCUCAACGGAUUCCAGAUCCAGUCUAGAAAAACCAUGGCCAAACUUCCCCUCCAGGCAAACUUUUACCCCAUGACCAGUAUGGCCUACCUUCAGGACCCCGGCACCAGACUGACCCUCCUCACCGCACAGUCCCUGGGCUCCGCCAGCCUCAAGAGUGGCCAAUUGGAGGUGAUCAUGGACCGUCGGCUGAACCAGGAUGAUAACCGCGGGAUGGGCCAGGGCGUCCUGGACAACAAAGUUACUGCCAGCUCCUUCCGCCUGCUACUGGAGAAGAGGGCCAAGACCGAUGGGGGGGAGAAACUCUCUACCCUCAGCUACCCGUCUCUGCUGAGUCACGUGUCGUCGCUGUACCUGAACCACCCUCUGAUCCCCAUGGCUGUGAGCACGGAGGCAGAGUCCCGGUCUCUAUCCCCCUUAAGCCCUCUGGCCUCAUCACUGCCCUGUGACGUCCACUUGGUCAACCUACGCACCAUCCAGUCCAAGGAGGAAGGGGGUGGGCCGUCGGACGAGGCGGCUUUGAUUCUGCACAGAAAAGGCUUUGACUGCGCCCUCUCGAAUAGGAACACAGGGCUACUGUGUGCCACCACGCAGGGGAAGAUCCGCAUGGAGAAGCUGUUUUCUGAACUGAAAUUCCAGAGCAUCACCCCUGCGUCUCUUACUCUGAUGCACACGCCUGAUAAAGGGUCGAACCAAGAGGAAAUCAGCCUUAAGCCAAUGGAGAUCAGCACAUACCGUGUGCAGCUGACAUGAGCGCUGGCCAGAGAGUCGGUGAUCGCCACGGAACAUGCCCAACAUCCGGCCUCUGUUCCUGUGCCGAAAAAACAUAGUCAGCGAGGCUAUGCAGAAGCCUGAAAUGCAUAGGACAUCCUUGGAAGAGACAGAAGGAGGGAAAGAGGAAGAAGAGAGGGAGGACGAGAAGGAAAGAGAGGCAGGAGGAGAAGUAAAUGGAACUUGCUUAAGCUUAAUUCUACAAGUGCAAUAUUAUAUUGUUUGAGUCCAGUAUACCUAGUUAUGCUGCAGUCUCAGGUUCUGUAUGUGUUGGGAACGUUUGUGUUGCAAUUUCACAUCUAUUGGGAUGACCACAUGUUCAGAUUUCCUUUUUCCACAGAUAUGAUUUUGUACAAUGUGAUUCUUUGUUUUCUUUAUACUGAGGUAUGGCUUCAAUCAUAGUGAAUAUUGCUUCAUGUCCUUGGCGUGCCUGAAAAAAUAUUUGAAGGCCAACUGAUUCUAAAUAUUAAUUCAAUAUUUUUUUAGCGGUCAACAUUUAUAUGUGAUAAAUUGUUAAUUGCAAGUGAGAUCUUGUUUUGUUGUUCGUUCCAAAGAGCAAGAAAUGUGCCUUAUUUCACAGUUUUAUAAUGAGCCUUAUGUACAUAUCUUUGUAUGUUGGUCUUGGGAGAAAAUUGUCACUUACAAUUUGCUAUCGAUGCAAAAUGAAUGCAUUUCAUAGUUGAUGUCACAAGAUUGACAUGUGGUAUUACAUUAAUUGAUAUGGGUCUGUUAUUCUGACCUUCAUACAGUGGGGAGAACAAGUAUUUGAUACACUGCCGAUUUAGCAGGUUUUCCUACUUACAAAGCAUGUAGAGGUCUGUAAUUUUUAAGUAUUUGAUACAUCAGAAAAGCAGAACUUAAUAUUUGGUACAGAAACGUUUGUUUGCAAUCACAGAGAUCAUACGUUUCAUGUAGUUCUUGAACCAGGUUUACAAACACUGCACCAGGGAUUUUGGCCCACUCCUCCAUACAGAUCCUUCAGGUUUCGGGGCUGUCGCUGGGCAAUACAGACUUUCAGCUCCCUCCAAAGAUUUUCUAUUGGGUUCGGGUCUGGAGACUGGCUAGGCCAC